AUGGCACUGCUGGGUCACAUUCUGCCACCACCACCGCCGCUGCCGCUGCUGCUGCUGCUGCUGCCAUACAGCCAUGCUGCACCAUGCCACCCACAGCCCAACGCCACGCACUUCAUCUGCACGGAGCCCACUCUCAGCACCUUCCCCUCCGGACUUCCCCCCACCACCGUGGCCAUCUCAGUGGAGUUCACUGCUAUGACCACCAUAUCCCCCAACGCGUUGGCCGGGCUGCCCCGCCUGCAGGAGCUGCACCUCUCCUCCAACCACCUGGCCGUGCUUCCAGAGGCCCUGCUGCAACCCGUACCCACUCUGCGCACCCUCGACCUGACCGACAACCUCCUGCCCGACCUCCCUGCUGGCAUUUUCCAUCCCUCCAUCCACCUGCGGCACCUGGUGCUGCAAGGGAACCUUCUGCAGGCACUGCAGCCCUCCUGGUUUGUGCACCUGACCCAGCUGCAUUGGCUCAACCUGGCGGGCAACGCUCUGCUCGAGGUGCCCCCCGCCGCCCUCCGCCCUCUGCGCUCCCUGCGCAGCCUGGACCUGGCGCACAAUCACCUGCAGCACCUCUCUGCUGACACAUUUGUGGGCCUGCAGAUGCUCGAGAGGCUCGACCUGGAGGGCAACCAGCUCCGUGCACUGCCUCCCACCCUCUUCGCGCCCACCCCUUCUCUGCGCCUGCUCUUCCUGCAGAACAACACCCUGCAGGUGCUGCCCGAUGGCAUUUUCUCCCCGCUGCUCCAUCUCCGUGUCCUUGACCUGGCACACAACCAUCUGCAGGCUCUGCAGCUGCCUCCCCGCUCCCCCCCCGGCCCCCCGCUGUCCCUCGACAUGUCGGGGAACCCCUGGGCCUGCGAUUGCUCCCUGCUGGCACUGCUGCAGGAUGCGGCCCCGCAGCUCAUCGCUGCCCGUGCCACACGCUGUGCCAGUCCUGCACAGCACCGGGGGCAGGAGGUGACUGCUGUGAGCCAGGCCGGGGAUGAGGGCUGCCAGCAUGGAGGGGACAAACAGAGUCCCCUGGAUCACUAG